AUGCUUCUCGUCUAUGUUGACGACCUCAUCAUUCUUUCCUCCUCCUCUUCUCUUCUUUCCUCCUUCAAGCGUGCCCUUUCAUCUCGCUUCAAGCUUCGUGACCUCGGUCCUCUUUCCUACUACCUUGGCUUUCACAUCACUCGUGAUCGGACCUCCCGCACUCUCCACCUUCAUCAAUCCAAAUUCAUCACCUCCAUCUUAGACACCUACUCGUUCACUCCACUUAACCCUGCUGCCACCCCCAUGGACACCAAGUUUCAGCUGCCCGUGAGGUGUGCCCUGCACGUGCUCGAGGUGAGGUGCGCCCUGCACGUGCUCGAGGUGAGGUGCGCCCUGCAUGUGCUCGAGGUGAGGUGCGCCCUGCACGUGCUCGAGGUGAGGUGCGCCCUGCACGUGCUCGAGGUGAGGUGCGCCCUGCACGUGCUCGAGGUGAGGUGCGCCCUGCACGUGCUCGAGGUGAGGUGCGCCCUGCACGUGCUCGAGGUGAGGUGCGCCCUGCACGUGCUCGAGGUGAGGUGCGCCCUGCACGUGCUCGAGGUGAGGUGCGCCCUGCACGUGCUCGAGGUGAGGUGCGCCCUGGACGUGCUCGAGGUGAGGUGCGCCCUGCACGUGCUCGAGGUGAGGUGCACCUUGCACGUGCUCGAGGUGAGGUGGGCCCUGCACGUGCUCGAGGUGAGGUGCGCCCUGCACGUGCUCCAGGUGAGGUGCGCCCUGCACGUGCUCGAGGUGAGGUGCGCCCUGCACGUGCUCGAGGUGAGGUGCGCCCUGCACGUGCUCGAGGUGAGGUGCGCCCUGCACGUGCUCGAGGUGAGGUGCGCCCUGCACGUGCUCGAGGUGAGGUGCGCCCUGCACGUGCUCGAGGUGAGGUGCGCCCUGCACGUGCUCGAGGUGAGGUGCGCCCUGCACGUGCUCGAGGUGAGGUGUGCCCUGCACGUGCUCGAGGUGAGAGCUCUUACGGCCAACGCCGCUCAAGAUCCUAGGACCCCUCGUGCUACUUAG